CCUGCAGUUGACGGUUGGGGGCUGAGUUCGGACAGCCUGAGCCGGAGCUGAGUGGACGGACGGACGGACGGACGGACGGACGGAGCGGAGAGGAGAGGUCGCGAUGUUUCUCGGGCUGCAAUGGCUGUGUGUCCCCGCUGUGAUGCUGGGUCUGGCGGGGGGAAACCCGCCGCCUGUGCCGCUGGACGAUGUGGCGGUCGAGAGCAAGUUCGUACCGAAGGAAUGUGUCCGGGCGGCCGAGCCCGGGGACUUCGUCCGGUAUCAUUUCGUGGGCACCUUCCCCGGGGGAGGCCGCUUCGACUCCAGCUAUGAUCGUGGCUCCACUUACAAUGUGUUUGUGGGUAAAGGUCGACUGAUUGCUGGCAUGGAUAAAGCUCUGAUUGGGAUGUGUGUGAAUGAAAGACGUUUUAUAAAAGUGCCACCUCACCUGGCCUAUGGCAAUGAAGGAAUGUCUGAUAUGAUCCCACCUGAUGCCACCUUGUUCUUUGAUGUAUUGAUGCUCGAUAUCUGGAACCCUGAAGAUAAAGUGAAAAUCGAUGUUCACUAUAAAACAGAGAACUGCAGCCGUACAGUGCAGGUGUCUGAUUUUGUCCGUUACCACUACAAUGGCACUCUCCUGGACGGCACCCUCUUUGACUCCAGUCACAAUCGGCAACAAACCUAUGAUACCUACAUUGGAAUUGGCUGGUUGAUCCCAGGCAUGGACGAGGGGCUGCUGGGUAUGUGCAUGGGAGAGAAGAGAACCAUCACUAUGCCGCCGUUCCUUGGCUAUGGAGACAGAGGAGAUGGGAAGGAUAUUCCCUCACAAGCUACUCUGGUCUUUCAUGUGACUUUGGUCGAUUUUCACAAUCCUAAAGACAGUGUUGCCAUUGAACGGGAAUUUGUUCCAGAUCCCUGUCCCAGGAAAACAAAAGUGGGAGAUUUUGUGAGAUAUCAUUAUAAUGGCACGCUUAUGGACGGCACUUUUUUUGACUCAAGCUAUUCCCGGAAUCACACAUACAACACAUAUGUAGGGAAGGGCUACGUUAUUGCAGGGAUGGAGGAAGGAUUACUGGGCGUGUGUGUUGGAGAGAAAAGAACAAUUAUAAUUCCACCUCAUCUGGGAUAUGGUGAAGAAGGGAUAAGUGAAACUAUCCCUGGCUCUGCUGUCCUAGUUUUUCAUAUUCAUGUGAUAGAUGUCCACAACCCAUCCGAUGAAAUUGAGAUCAAGACCUACCACAAACCCAGUAACUGCACCAUCCUGAGCAAGAAAGGAGACUACAUUAAGUAUCACUACAAUGCAACGCUGAUGGAUGGAACAAAGUUAGAUUCCACUCACAACUAUGGAAAAACGUACAAUAUCGUCCUGGGUUCAGGUCAAGUGGUCAUAGGGAUGGACAUGGGCCUCACUAAUAUGUGCGUUGAAGAGAAACGAACCAUCAUUAUUCCACCUCACUUGGGCUAUGGAGAGACGGGAGUUGUGGGAGAGGUACCGGGCAGCGCUGUGCUUAUUUUUGACGUUGAGAUGGUAGAACUUGUCGCAGGUCUCCCAGACGGUUAUAUGUUUGUUUGGACUUCUGAGGUAUCACCUGAUCUCUUCCACGAGAUUGACAAGGACGGAAACAAGGAAGUCAGUCCAGAGGAGUUUUCCAAAUACAUCCUGACCCAAGUGGAGAGUGGUCAGGGGAAACUGGCCCCCGGUUUUUCUCCAGAUAAGAUCAUAGAGAACAUGUUUUCCAAUCAGGAUCGGAAUGGAGAUGGCAAGAUAAGUGCUGAAGAGUUCAAGCUGAAGGAUGAGGAGAACACCCAUCAUGAUGAACUAUAAGACCAAGGUUGACAUCAAUGCCUCAAUUGAGCAGAAGAAUAAAAGUAAAGAGUUAACCUGUGGUUUGUUGGUUGGGAGGUGGGUUUUGUCCAUGUUUCUAUUCUACAGCUUAGGUAUAAAACAUAUUAGUGACAUUG